AUGUUGUACUAGGGACCGAUGGGGAACAUCCACAUUCAUUGCAGAUGGUACCAAACAUUGGAAACAAGGGAGCAGAUGGAAUAUCAAACAUACCUCCUCCCAUUGUUCUUUCCACGAGCGAUGAUGAUGAUCAAGGCAGAAGAUCAACCGAGCCCCAUCAUGAAUGCAGCCUUGGCCAGGACGCUCCUCAGGGCCAAUAACUCUCGUGUUUGGUCAAUGAAGAUCAUAUCUUGGAACUGCCGCGGUGCGGCCAAACAAAGCUUUCAAUCUAGUGCUAUGGAUCUCAAAAGGAUUCAUAACCCUUGCAUCAUGUUGAUCUUAGAAACAAAAAUUAGCGGGGACCAGGCUAUUGCUAAAGCUAGGGCACUAGGCUUUCCCCACUUUCAUUGUGUGGACUUUGAUGGGUUAGCAGGAGGCCUCUGGAUCCUUUGGAAUGAUAGCGAGGUUACCCUUGACAUUGUUUCUACUAAUGCUCAAGCUAUUCAUGCCACUGUUAAGGUACGCAAUCAUCCCUCACUUUCCUCUGAUACUUGGUUUCUUUCUGGCAUUUACGGUAGACCUGUUUAUGAGAUAAGGACUAUACUUUGGCAAGAACUUCGCUAUCUCUCCACAAUGAUCUCUUGCCCAUGGGUUCUUAUUGGAGACUUUAACGAUGUCAUCAAUCAAUCCGAAAAAUUUGGGGGUGGCAUUGUUUGCCAAAGCAGGGUGCGUUCCUAUCUUGAUUGCAUGAAUGACUGCCACAUGCAGGACAUUGGUUAUAUUGGGCCUAAGUUUACUUGGCUUAACAUGAGGAAUAACCAUCAACUUAUUAGGGAACGCUUGGAUCGAGCCUGGGCUAACCCAGACUGGAGGCUUCUCUUUCCGGAAGCUAAUCUAUAUCACCUUCCUAGAUUUAAUUCUGAUCAUCAUCCCAUCAUGCUGGAUCUCUGUCCUAAUCUGUCCCGAAUGGGACCUAGACCAUUUCGUAUGGAAAAGUUUUGGCUUGAUCAUCAUGAUUUCAGUCAAGUCAUCUCUCCCAUCUGGUCUCUAACAAAUACUAAUUCUACUGAAUCCCUUGCAUUGACUGUCGCUGCCUCCAAGCAGUGGAGCAAGACUGUUUUUGGAAAUAUCUUUGAGGACAAGAAAUCUAUUAUCAAAAGGCUCAAUGGGAUUUAUCGUUCUCCUGCUUUUCCUCACAGCUCCUUUUUGGUUGAUCUUGAGAGACAACUUUCUAAGGAGUAUGAGAAUAUUCUUAAGAUGGAAGAGGAUUUGUGGUUUAUGAAGUCGAGAUCUAAUUGGUUGAUUGAGGGUGAUCGUAACACUAAAUUUUUUCACCUAUCAACUGUUCGUCACAAGGCCAGAAAUAGGAUUUUGGGUCUAAAGGAUUCCACUGGCAAUUGGAUCUUUGACCCUCCUGCACUAUCUACUCUCAUUAUGAACUAUUUCUCUGGUUUGUUCACCACCUCGCAUGAGCUCUCUUACUCUGAUUCUUUUGCAGGUAUUGAUGUUUCCCCUCAGGCCAUCCCCCUUGAGUCCUUCCAGGGUGUCCUUACUAAGGAUGAAAUUUGGGCCGCCUUACAUUCCAUCAAACCCUUUAAAGCUCCUGGACCUGACGGUGUCCACCCUUUAUUCUUCCAAAAGUUUUGGGAUAUUACUAAGGAUAAACUUUGUACUGAUAUUGUUCAAAUUUUCUCCAUUGGGAUUAUUCCCUCCUCCUGGAAUGAAAGUUUAGUUGUUCUUAUUCCUAAGAAUACCUCUCCGAUCUCAAUCCAAGAGUUUAGACCCAUUUGGUUGUGCAACACUACUUACAAAGUAGUGUCUAAAAUCCUUGUUAAUAGGCUCAAACCUUGGAUGGAUAAACUUAUCUCUCCUUGCCAAUCUAGUUUUAUCCCUGGGCGCCAAGGGUGUGACAAUGUGCUGAUUCUUCAGGAAUUGGUUCACUCCUUCACCAAGAAAAAGGGGGCACAAGGCGAUUUUAUUAUUAAACUUGAUCUAGAAAAAGCAUAUGAUAGAUUUCCACUAACAUGAAUGCAGGUCUUUGGAAAGGCUCCAAAGCUGGUCGCAGGGGGCCUCUUUUAUCUCACUUGUUUUUUGCAGAUGAUAUCAUAUUUGUGGGCAAAGCCACCCAAGAAAACUGCAAUUAUCUU